GGUCGGUCUGUUCGUUUUUGUUCUCAUGCUCGUGCUCGUGCUCGUGCUCGUGCUCAUCCCCAAUCCUCAUCCUCAACUAUCAUCCUCGAUAUCCGCUGCGUUUUUCUCUCUCUAUGCCCUUCGCUCUUCAUGCUAGUCAGUAUAGACUCUUAAAGACAGUCCAGUCCACGGACCUUCUCUCUUCCCUCUCAUGAAGACGGUUCUUCCCAGUCUUCAAGAUGGCACACCCUGAAAAGUCCAUACCUCCCGUCAUCGCCAUAUCCCAAUAUGACUCUCCUACCCAGUCGCACUCCAGUUCAAUCCCCUCCGAAAGGGAAUUCUCCUCAUCCGCCGACCGCUCCCCUACCUCAUCCGAAUCAGACCACGACGACGAGCGAGCACUCACAUUAACCGCCACCCAGACCUCUCGCCGCUCACAAUCCCAAUCCAUCGCCCUCGGCCGGACAGUCACUCGAAUAACGACCCGCGGCACCGCAUUUACCUCCGAUCCCAGGUAUGAAGUCGACUUCAGCGUCGAUGACCCGGACGAUCCUCGCAACUGGCCGCUAUGGUACAAAGCACUGGCCCUCUUCGCAGUCUCGUUUGGCACCCUCGGCGUCGUCAUGUACUCGACCUCAUACACAAGUGGCAUGCGCCAGAUGAUGCAGGAUUUCGGCGUCGAAUCAGAAGCCAUUGCCACACUUGGUGUCACACUGUAUCUGUUCGGCCUGGCCAUUGGCUGUCUGAUUGUGGCCCCCAUGGCGGAAACAUAUGGCCGGAAACCGGUCUACACGAUAUGCGCGGCCAUGUUUACCAUUCUUGUUAUACCGGCGGGACUGGCCAAGGACAUCACGAGCAUCAUUGUCGCCCGUUUCUUUGGCGCCAUGUUUGCCAGUGCGUUGAUCGCCAACGCGCCUGGUACGAUUGCAGACUUGAUCAGCGACGAGUACCGCAGUACGGCAUUCAGUAUAUGGAGCAUCGGUCCGAUGAACGGUCCUGUCGUAGGUCCUGUGAUCGGCGGGUUUGUCACGCAGACUCUGGGCUGGCGAUGGACGAACUGGAUCGUCAUGAUAUGGGCGGGUCUAGCGUUUGCCUUGCUUUUUGUGAUCAAGGAGACGUAUGCGCCCGUUCUGUUGCAGCGGAAGGCGAAGAAACUGCGCCGUGCUGAGAACGACGAACGGUAUUGGUCGCGGUACGAUAUUCGGGUAGGGUUUGUCGAGCUGAUGAAGAUCAACCUAAGUCGCCCGUUCGUUAUGGCCGUCAAGGAGCCGAUUUGCAUUUUUUGGAAUGUAUACAUUUCGCUCGUUUAUGGAAUCUUGUACCUCUGUUUCGUCGCGUACCCGAUCGUCUUCACCGAAGGUCGUGGAUGGUCCGUUGGCUUGAGCGGCCUCUCAUUCUUGGGCAUUGGUAUCGGCACGAUGAUUAUUAUAGCUUGCGCCUCGCCGAUCCGGAAGAUGAUCAACUCGCACAAGCCGGAUGCAGACGGCAAUGUCCCACCCGAGGCCAUGUUGAGCAUCGUUUGCGUUGCUGCAAUCCUGGUACCCGUGGGCCAAUUGUGGUUCGCGUGGACUUGCUCACCCAACAGCAUUCAUUGGGCGUUGCCCAUUGCGGCAGGUAUUCCCUUCGGGUUCGGCAAUGGUGCCGUCUUCAUCUACUCGGGCAACUAUCUUGCAUACAGCUACGGGAUCUACGCGGCCAGUGCGAUGGCUGGCAAUGCGGUGAUGAGAUCACUCAUGGGUGGCACUUUACCGCUCGCUGGCCCGCCGAUGUAUCGAGCCUUGGGGCCGAAUUGGGCGGGGACGCUGCUGGGUCUGCUGGAGGUGUUGAUCAUUCCGAUCCCGUUUUUGUUUUACAGAUACGGCGGGCGGAUUCGCGAGAAGUCCACUAUGAUCCGCGAAAUGCGCGAGAACGAGGAGCGACAAGAGGCAAAGAAGAGAAAGGCCGAGGAGAGACUGAGGAAGGCCGAGGAGAAUGGUGAUGAAGAAGAAAAGCAAGAGGCCCAAGUGAAUUUGUGUCGUGUCAGGAGCCGCAUAGAUGAAGAGGCGGACAUUGAAGGUUUGGGACUCGAGGGGUUGAAUAGUAUACAGGGUCUGAACAGGGAGACACUGGAGGACCAAUUCCAGGAGAAAAAUGUUAUAAGGGAGAGGUCAAGAGAAAGGUCGAGAGUGAGAGAAGAAGCGGUACCAGCCGGCCGGGAGAAGAGAUGACGAAAGACUACGGGGUUAUUCGAUCGAGCGGACGGAUAUGUGAACGAAGAUUACAUGAUUGACGAAGGCCACUUGGAGCCAUACGACAUCGACCCAGCGUUGCUUGGACACCGAAAAAUGGGUACCGGAAAAGAUGGGUUUCGCAUAGAGGAAUUGACUAUGGCGUUUUGAGGGCUUGAACAAGGACUGCGAACUAACGUGAACCAUGAAGGUUUAUAAUGUCGAUUUGGAGGGCUUCAUUUCAAGCAUGGCGUUUUUGGGCCGGGAAAGAUCAAUCACGUUAAUCCGUUAUGUAGACAUUUGGGUUUUUGUUAUAGCUUUUUGGAAAAGCCAUAAUUGGAGUAAUUAGGAUUCGAGAUGGACGGGUUGGGAGAAAUGGUAAGGAAGAAAUGAAAACACGACCGGUGGGAUAGACUGACAAGAUGGAAGAUAGCAAGGUAGAUGGAAAUAAUAAUAAGGUAUAAAGUGGACAAAAUAAA